AUGAAAGUUCAGAAUCAAACUAAUAGUUACAGAAAUCACUUUAAAGUUGUGCUUCUAUUGUUAACCAUUUUCACGAUUACAUAUACAAUAUUCAACUCAAAUAUCUUAGAUCUGAGAUCAAUUACGUUUUCCAAAUUCAAGCAGUCAAUUCCAAACUUUCAGUCGAAUGAAAUCACAGGAUUCACAAAUAAAAGAAACGAUGAUGAAAAAUCUACAACUUCCAUCAAUAAUACUUCAUCUUCCAAAUCCUCAACUAAAACUACAAAUUCAAACACAAGUUCAGCAACCACCACAGCGGAUUCCGAUUCAUCAGAUGAAUCCAAACCAACACCUAUAUACAACAGGUCAUGGAUGAGAUUCAUAUUUGUCUUAUUUGGAUUUAUAUUUUUGAAUCUUAUAGCUAUUUGCAUUCAUCACGUUUAUAUGAAAGUUACAAGAUCCCACAACACGUAUAGAUCGUUCGAAGAUGAAAAAUCCCCAUUUUGA